CAUUAAAACAUCGACAUCGACGUUAAGCAGCCCUCGUCCGGAGAAGAUGGACUAUAACAAAAUGAGAAUGGCGGCUGCCGAGUAUUUCCGGAGGAACGGAGUUCCGGCGACAUUACAGAGGCUUCUGAAUGAGUACUUCGUCCAUCAGCCCCCGGACAUUCAUGGCUACCUGGCUGAUUGCCUUUUGAAACUGUCUACACCACCGAAGAUCAGUGAUCUGAGAGGAAGAGCCGUUUUUUUAGGAAAUGGACAGCUUAUUGUUGAGGCAGAGGUUUUCUGCAUCGACUGUAACAAAGAAAAGCGCAUGUCAUCAGCAGCUGUCCUCAGUACCUUUGCACCAGUGGGAGCUGAAGAGAGUCAGAGGAGCUCUGAUUAUGUGGAGAUUGCUCUUCAGUGGAUACAUGAACCGUUCAGGAGACUGCUACUGGACCAGAAUCCAUGUGAUCAAUCUGAAAUUGAUCAAAUGCUGGGCGAUUUCUUCACGUCCUACCGUGAGGAGGAGAAAGCAAGGCGUGACAAGCUGAAGGCUGAAGCCAAGGAGCACGAAGCCGUGACUCUCGUGCCAGUAACGCCAGCAAAAGAAAAGAAGAGUAAAGGCAAAAAGACCAUUGUUGACGAGAAGCUAUUUCCUCCACCAGAGCUGCCAGAGCCAGUUCUGCUGGAAGGCAUGGCUGUUGGCUCAGUGUCCCUGGCUGUAGCUAAAUGUGGGGCAGAAAUAAAGGGAAUGCCUCUUUACAAAUAUAUAUCAGCUCUGAAGAAUCAAAAGGAACCGGCACAUUUUCAUGUUCCUGUACCCUGGAUAACUUUGCUUAGCUGUGGGAAGAAAUCCCCUGGAAAACUCUGCUUACUGGAAGAAAUUAUUCUCAUCUCCAAAGUGGGGCAUCCAGUCAAACAGAGUGUCACCUUGGCCUUUGAGUUGCAGAAGGAGAUGAUAAAACUGAUGAGCACGUCAGGAAAAGGCGGGAUCACCCUGUCCUCGGUGUCGGACCACGGCGUGCUCAGAGCGAGUUGCGAUCGGCUGGAACAGCCCCUAGAUCUCAUCACUGACGCCUGCAGGAACCUUAAAGUGCCUCUGGGAGUCGAUGUCUUUUUGGCUCUGAACUGUGCUGCCCCGAAACUUAUGGACUAUUCUAAGGGGAAGUAUGAAGUAGCGACAGGAGGCCUGAAGUCUCCGGAUGAAUUGAUUGAGGUGUAUCUCAACCUCACCAGCAAAUACCCGGCAGUGGUGGCCAUAAUCGAUCCCUUCAGGAGAGAAGAGGCAGAGCAAUGGGAGAAACUCAGCAGUAGGAUUGGGAUUUCAUGUUCACUGCUGUCUGACAUCACACACAAACCACAGGAUCCAGUCCUGCCAGGCGUCAAUGGUUAUGUCUUCAGACAUGCCAAUGAGACAACGGUCAGCGACAUAAUCCAUGCUACAGUCUCCUACCAAGGUGCAGUGGUGAUGGAUACGAUGUUCAGUGAAUCGUGCAGUAGUGGAUCCUUUGCAGACUUAGCUGUGGGACUGGGGCUGGACUAUGUCAAACUGGGAGGUCUGAGUGGCGUUGAGACGAUGGCUAAAUACAAUCGCCUAACAGCCAUAGAAGAAGAACUGGCCCAACAAGGACUGCUGGUCUGCAAGGAACCGGAACCGCCGCUCUUCAGCAAAGAGCCAAAGGAAGAGCUGGCUUCAGCAGAGGAAACCAAAUGACUCAGCCAACAGUCCGGCCUGCUUGUUUAAACAAGCCUUGAAAAUCUGCCACACUAAUCAGUUCCAGUUUUCCUGUUCUUCCUUGUUAGCACUAAUUAACCACACUAUUAAUCUGAAUGUUCUUUUAGGCUUUUUGUUUUUUUAGCCUACAUAUGAAACCCAGUUCAAACCACUUCUGAUAAAGCAAGAGUAUAAAACAUCUGCUUUAUUCAUGUGUUCAAUAAAAGACCACACAAAAUGUUCAAGCAUAUCAACAGCCAAUAAACUGUAAGCGAACAGUGCAGUGAAGAUAGAAAAUAACAGUUCGGUUCUCUUUGGAAACAUCAUUUAUGAAUUUAUUUUGCAGCACAUCAAACAUGUUAUGAGUGAUGUAGAUGAAAACAUUUAUUUGAAAAUAAAGUUUUAAAAGCUUCCAGUGAUUUUUGGCAUUCUUUGAUUUUUUUUCUUUCUUUUUUUUUUCUGAGUUUCAUCCAGCUGAACUCGAGUUUCUGCUGCAUAGUUUCAGCUGAAAGACCUUAAGCAAAAAAAAAAAAGAAGUCUUUCAGCUUACUUCCCACCUUUGUGAUGUCCCACUGUCUCCUGAAGCACCAGACGAACCUCCGUCGCUCAUGUUCUGGUUGAGUUUUAGUGGUUUCCGGGUUGAGUGUGCUCUCACUGAUUUCCCUCCACCACGGUUCUGCGGAUCCCCUGUUUUGCUUCCAAGUAAGCAAUAUGCUUUCAACCUUUGUGAAUCUCGGUCUUGUCGGGAUGCAUUUAUUCUUCUGCUUGUAUUAUCAGGUUCUAAAAUAGUUCCAUCUGUGUCGGGUCAGCAGCACCACCUUGCUCCACCAGAAGGCUUUGCGCCUCGUUUCCCACGAAAGAGACCAACUUCCCUGAGACGAUCGGUUUUGCCGUCCAGUUUGGAACUAUAUCUUACAAACUCCAAACAUGGCGGACUGAACUCUGCUAAAGCCACACUGUUAUGUUUCUGCUUGGCAAGCACACUCUAAUCUUUUAAAAAAAAAUAGAAUUGAAUGAUUAAUUGAAUUUCAUCACCGCCUUGUUUAACUUGAAGAAUAAAUCAAAUUUGAUGAGAAGUAUUUCUUCUAAUAUUAGACUGCAUUAGAAGAAAUGAGUUAAUCUAGAUUAAAUUGGAUGUUGCACAAUUGGAAAGAAAGUUGCCCAGUUUGUCUUUGGAUUAGUUUUGUGAAUAUAAAUAUAUUAAAAUAGACUGAAAAGUAUCCAAAUUGAGGAGAAGCAGCU